GCCCAGAAAUUCCCCAGGAACCAUCGAGGAAAGCAAAAUCCAGCCUACCAAUCCAGCCAUGCGCUGCUCCGCCGCCGCCGCCGCCGUGAUCCUCCUCCUCCUCGUCGCCGCCGUCGCCGGAGCCACCGCGGGAACCCCCUCACUCGGCGUUCCAGGGCCCACCUGCCCGCGGAGGGUGGGCCCGCCGUUCCUCGACCCGCUCGGAUCGCGAUGUCCCCGGAUCGACCCGUCGCCGCCUCUCGAGGUGAGAGGAGAUGCUUUUGAUAAAGAGCUGAAUUUCCGCCAUGGUGGUGCUUCGUACUCCAUUCUCUUCUAUGCGGCAUGGUGUCCUUUCUCCAGCAAGUUUCGGCCGACAUUUGAAGCUCUCAGCACUAUGUUCCCUCAGAUAAAACACUUGGCUGUUGAGGAAUCUUCUGCGAUGCCUAGUUUGUUUUCAAGAUAUGGUGUCCGUGCCUUCCCAGCCAUUCUUCUGGUGAAUGAGACUUCAAUGGUUCGUUACAGGGGUACAAAAGAUCUGAAAUCUCUGGUUGAUUUCUAUAAGGAGACCACAGGCCUUGAUCCAAUUGCAUAUGUUGAUGUUAUUCAACACGAGAGCCCUGGAAGUUUGGGAUCAGUCAUGCCAGGAGGCCGUUCUCUGCAUAAAAUGGCAAAAGACGAGCCAUUUGUGUUUCUCUCUGUGCUUUUUAUCAUUCUGAGAGUCGUGGCACACUUCGUCCCUACUAUCAUCUGCCAUCUGAGAGCCUUCUUGAUUGUGCGUGUUCGGAACUUGAACUUAGGAAUCCAUAGGGGAACAAGCCAACUUAUGGAGCGGGCAUUGACUGCACUAGAUGUUAAGAGGCUUUGGAGCAAGCUUAGACUGAGCAGUAAGACAAGGGACCUUAGGAAAGGGGCGAGUAAUGCUCGAGCCUGGGCAUCGUCAUUUGCUUCUGUCUCGCUGGGUGAACCGUCCUCCUCAAGGCAAGCCUAGCCUUUCUGGGAUGCUCUUUGAUAGUCUAGCUGCUGAUAUAUGAUUCAAAAUCAGUUGAUCUUGUUUCCCCAUCCUGCUAUGUAUGUGAGUUCACGCAUGUGGGGAACCUCACAGGAAUGUAAAUUUUCAGGCCUUGUCUUGUUGUAUAGA